GUAAGGGUUACUCUUUCCCUUAAUUGGCCAUUUUCUCAGUUUCUUAGCCUUUUCGGAUGAUACAACAUAGCUGUGAAGUCAAAAUGUCAAAAUUCUUUCUAGUCAUCGCGGCCGUUUCGGCAUUGUUCAUCAGUGCCAGUGCUCAGACGAACGUCUACGAAUGUCCUGCUGGAUGGACAAACUUUCUUGAUAAGUGUUACAAAUACUCUGACGACACGCAAAACUGGCAAAAUUCUGAAACACACUGCACUAAUCAAGGCACAGAUGGGCACCUUGCUAGCAUACCCAACCAGCAAGUGCAAGACUUCAUAAAGACUACCUUCUUUGACACCAGUCCCACUUUCUUCUGGGUUGGACUCAGUGACACGGCCCAAGAAGGGACCUGGGUUUGGACUGACGGUACUCCGUAUUCCUACACAAACUGGGGUAUUUUCAAUGGCGUGCAGCUACCCGAGAUUAGUACCUCUUACAACUGUAUGAGUAUCAGUGACAUCACCCAGACCCCCGGUGAUUGGGCCGAUGCAGUUUGUAACGGAUUCGCUCACCAUCUCUGUCAGCUACCAGGAACUCUUGUGACAACCACUGCUGCUCCAACAACAACGAUGGCGCCAACAGCUGCUCCAACAACGCAGGCCCCAACAGCUGCUCCAACAACUGCCGCCGCGCCGACCCCAAACCCCGCCAUCACAUGCUCUGGACAAUUCAUGCGCUUUGGAGACAUGUGCUACAGGAUUACCAAGGGACUCAAAACCUGGAACAAGGCGCAGUUAUUUUGUCAGAAUGUCUUGAACGGAGCAGAACUUGCCACCAUUGAGUCGCAGGAAGUACAAACCUUUCUGUUUGACACCUUCAUAAAACAGCUUCGCCACGGAAUGUGGGUCGGGCUGAACUCCAAUGACGCCGUCGGUACCUGGACCUGGAUCAAAGAUGGAAGCACCCCCACCUACACAAACUGGGCCACUUUCAACGGUGUUCUGCAGCCCGAAAACGUUUCCGGCAAGAGGUGCAUCGCCACGAGCAACCGUCAAGGUCAAUUAGGAAAAUGGAACGACUAUAAGUGCAGCAUGAAGGCUUGGUCUAUUUGCCAGCGACCAGCAUCUUAGAUCUCUGUGUACAUAUGGCACCGAAGCAAUCAAAACAAACACCUGGUCUGUCUCCUACUACACUGCAGUCCGAAGUGUUGGAACACGUGGUGUAUUGUGAUGAGAGCCGAAUGACCUUCAUUGAUGGCAGGUGAAUCACGUUGUCUUUGGACAGAAAAUUUACAAUUUUCCAGCUUUUAAGACACAUUUUCCUGGUUACGGGUAAUUUUGGUAGUUACAGCGGUACACUUGAACACUUAUUUUCACGAAUUUCGCGAGUAACCAUGUAGAUUCGAGAAAACAAAAAUCGCGAAAAAGCAUUUUUUUAUUGGAAAACACAAAGAAAUUGGUAAUCUGCCAAUGGAAAAUCGUCAAGUAUUUUUCCGAAUUUUCUCAAGUAGCAAAAAUAAAGUGGCGCUAAUAUGACACAAAAUAAUGUCAGGAAACUAGUGUAAAUUGUCAAUUUGUCCAUUUACAGUAGUUUCCUACUAAUCAUUUCAGUCCAUCUUAAUAUUCUUCAUAUCUUUUUACCUUAAUUCAUCACAGUAUAGUGUCAUUAGUGUAACAGUGGUGACCUCUUUUGAGUCAAUUUGACCUUUUAUUGAUGUCUCGGCUCGGUAAUACUUAGUUUGGUAGAACACAGUUCAUUGUAAAUAGCCAUUAAGGAUAGAUUUAUGCAUAUUUAGAGUUCCAGACUGAAUCGAAUGUAUCUUAGCGUUGUAGAUUGCAUCAGUUAAUUUUAACAAACUAAAUGUAUAACUUUGACCAUUAAACCAUCAUUUCGAUAAAACUGAA